AUGUCUUUCAAGGAUACUUUGAUCGAAGAGGAUGGCUUUGGAUUUGUGCCAAGGCCACGUGGUAUGGUACCAUCAAAAUUAUGUGAGAUUGUCAGAAGAUACACUCUGACGAAUAAAAACAAGGGAAUUGUUCGUUUGAUAUCUUGGGGUGCUAGCAUUCAAUCGAUCAAAAUUCCCAAUCGAGAUGGAAAACUCGCUGAUGUUGUUUUAGGAUUUGAUGAUAUGGAUGGAUACCUGAAAAACAGAUAUAUGGGAAGUAUUAUUGGCCGCGUUGCCGAUCACAUUCCGAUGCAUUUCAGCAAUGUAAUUUAUCCUCCGACGAUUAAAAAGGAUAAUAAUUAUAAUAAUGGCACGGUCGCGUUCGACAAUGUUAAUUGGCACUCGCAGAUAGUGAACAAUCGAGUGGUGAUGUCACAUUUGAGUCGAGCCGAUAGCGAAGGCUAUCCUGGUGAUGUGUUAACGCAAGUUAAGUACACCUGGACGGACGAUAAUCAGCUUCACAUUAACAUUCGCGCCACCAGCACAAAACCUACCCUCAUCAAUAUCACUAAUUACUGCUUAUUCAAUCUCGCCGGACACGGCACCGGCUCGAAGGAAUUGAAAAAACAUCUCCUCAUCGUCAAUGCCGACAGUUGGAUUUUUAUGGACGUUAAAAACCAUUUGCCAAUCGGUAUUAUAUCUCCGGUCGAUUGUACACCCUUCGAACUGCGUUUACCAGUUCAGUUGAAUCAACGUCGAUUAUUCGACAUACCGGGUGGCGGUUAUAAUCACAAUCUAUGCAUUAAUAGUCCCAGUUGCUGGUGUUAUCGUUUCCACGCACGAAUUUUGCAUCCCACUUCCGGGCGAUUUCUUGAAGUUUAUUCGAAUCAUCCUGGAUUGCGAAUUUAUACAGGCAAUGAGUUGCCAUAUCCUGACUAUGCUUAUCCUCCUGAUUUGAAGAAUCACGAAUGGGGAGGCUGCCAGGAUACGCAAGUUAAUUCCGUAGAAACUAAUUCUUUAGAAUCGAAAAGAGAGAAGAGAGAAGUAGAAAUUUAUGGUAAAGAAGGUAUUCCUUAUCGCCGCCAUGGUGGCUUUGCUUUGUCGCCCCAAAAUUAUUCCAACACUGUUAAUGUCAAAUAUUAUCCUUCUUGCAUGUUGUAUCCCGGAAAGAUUUAUGUGCACGAUAUGACUUAUAAAUUUGGAGUGAUUUCCAAAGAUUAA